AUGUUUCAGGAUAUUUCUUGUUUAGAAGAGAUACCAAUUCCAGAUUCAUUACAACCCACAAUAUUCAUACAGAAUUCACUCAUCAAACUUGUUAAAAAUGAAUGUGUUGACAAGUUUUGUAGAAUAAUAUUAGAAUCUGAACAGUAUAAAACAAAAAUAAUUGUGGAAAAGCUUGCCGAAGAAUUAGUUAUACUAUCUCAAAUCAGACAGAAUAGAUUCCAUUUGAUUUCAAGAAUCUGCCAGAAUCUUUUCUCGGAAAGUUAUUACAAAGAACAGCUUCGUCCAUUACUCUUAAGGCGUAUUUUCCGAGAGUCAUCAUACUAUCUUUUACUUUGUCUUUAUAAUGACCAAAUUUAUAGUCAAAAUGACAUAAUGAACCUCAUUCUCGAGCAGAAGAGAUCAGAUUUUGCAAUGUACUUCGCCCCAGAGUUUGGUCUUAUAGAUACCUCAAUAAUGAUUCCAAAGCAAUGGGUCAAAAAAGUAAUUAAACAUCUUAGUGAUUAUCAAGCAAAUGACUGGGCUCUAUUUAAAGAGUAUAGAACACUAGGAUGGUUACCAAAUUCCAUUGUUGCCGCUAUCAAGAAAGAUGAUCUUGACGCCUUACUCGAUUUUGAAGUUGAUUCAAGAUUCAAUAUUAACAAUUUUAUCGAAGCCUCUCCACUUGAACCGUUUAGAUUGCCAAGAGUUAAUACAUACAUGUCACUCGCAGCAAUAUUUGGAUCAAUCAAUUGCUUCAAAUUGUUCUAUCAAUCAGAUAUUCCAGUGACUGACAGAAUAAUGCACUCUGCAAUUGCAGGCGGCAAUUAUGAGAUUGUAAGAAUAUGCGCUAGAUCAGUUUGCGAUGGCUUUGAAGCGGCAAUUGAAUAUCGUCAAAACGAAAUUAUGGACUGGCUCCUUCAGAACAGUCUGUGCAAAAUUAGUUCGGCUGUUUGCAUGGAUUGGAACAAUCUUCUUGCAGCUCUUUAUCUUUCAGAUAAGACAGAAACAAAUGAAAUUCUCAUCAAAGGAAUGAAUGAGAUUUAUGAAGGCAAGGCAAUCGCUAUGCCUGAAAUUGUAAGUUCAUCAUCAAAUUAUUUCUGA